GUCGGACUCCGCUCGCUACUGUUGCUGUCUUUACACAGCGUGUUGUGUUUGGGGGAGACUCUGAAACGGAGAUUCAGUCUGAGAUUAAAGAGCUACUCAGAUUCAGAGAGUUUUCCAGAUACAGAAACUGAUUUUCAGCAGAGAAUUAGGCAUCACUUUAAUAAAGGCUUAAAUGUGCCUCCUUAGACACCACAGGACAUUCCACAAAGAGGAAAGUUAAGCUGCUGAAACAGGUGAUUAUAUAAGAAUAUGGCAUCCAGAAGAUGUUCUGGUACUUUGCACGCAUCAUCUGGUACCCUCCACAUGAAUGCAUCUCACAGACAAACACAGAAACACAGCAAAGAGAGAAAUCACUACUGCUUGGAAUGUGGAAAGAGUUUUACUGCACCAAGUAAUCUUAAAACACACCAGCGCAUCCACACAGGAGAGAAGCCGUAUCACUGCUCAGAGUGUGGGAAGAGUUUUACUCAAAAGAAUAAUCUCCAAAACCACCAGCGCAUCCACACAGGAGAGAAACCAUAUUACUGCUCAGAAUGUGGAAAGAGUUUUAUUACACAGAAAGCUCUCAAAGCACACCAACGCAUUCACACAGGAGAGAAACCGUUUCACUGCUCAGAGUGUGAACAGAGUUUUACUGUACAGCAUAAACUCAAAACACACCAGCACAUUCACACAGGAACAAAACCGUAUCAUUGCUCAGAGUGUGGGAAGAGCUUUACUCGAAAGAGUAAUCUCCAAACACACCAGCGCAUCCACACAGGAGAGAAACCGUAUCACUGCUCAGUGUGUUGGAAGAGUUUUAUUACACAGAGCAAUUUCAAAAUACACCAGCGCAUCCACACAGGAGAGAAACCGUAUCACUGCUCAGAGUGUGGGAAGAGUUUUACUGAACAGAGUAAACUCAAAAUACACCAGCGCAUUCACACAGGAGAGAAACCGUAUCACUGCUCAGAGUGUGGGAAGAGUUUUACUGAACAGCAUAAUCUCCAAAACCACCAGCGCAUCCACACAGGAGAGAAACCGUAUCACUGCUCAGAGUGUGGGAAGAGUUUUACUCAAAAGAGUAAACUCCAACAGCACCAGCAUGUUCACACAGGAGUGAAGCCAUAUCACUGCUCAGUGUGUGGACAGAGUUUUACUACUCUGAGUCAUCUCAGAACACACCAGCGUAUUCACACAGGAGAGAAACCAUAUCACUGCUUAGAGUGUGGACAGAAUUUCAUGUUUUCAAAGACUGUAAAGACACAUAAGUGCACUAAAAGCUGUGGUGGAAACCAGGAGUAGUAAGUGUAACCUUAACACAUUUGUGGAGUAAAAGUCUGCAGGAAACUGUAAUUCUAGGUCAGAUUUUUAGAAGAAAACCACUUCUUGUUGCUUUACAUUUUUUGUAUACCAUAGCCACUAAAUGAAAUGUAAUUUUCUGUUCUGAACAACAAGUCAAGCUCAUACACACAAUGACUUGUGGUACUUCAGAUUCUGCCAAAAUAAGUUUUAUUUGUAUUAUAUGUAUAUAAAAAUCAAAAGGCUUCGCAUGCAGUAAUAUAAGACUCUUUAUUUGCUAAUUUAGCAGAUCUAAGCUAGUACAAUGUUUCUGAUGUAAUGGUGGAUAUUUUGACAAACAUUUGACAGUGUGUUUGGCUCUUCAUCCUUCUCUCUCUCUCUCCCACUCUCUUUCUCUCACUUUCUCUCUCUCUCUGCCCGCUGAUUCAUUCUUUUGUUUAAUUAAUCACCUUUCCAUGUGAGGAUAUUUUGUGUUUUUGUGAACAUGUUGGACCUGUUGAGAUUAUUGUUCUGUAUUAUUGUUCUUGUUCUCUAUUAUUUUUAUAUUCUUGUAAACUUGAAAAAUCCUAUGAAAUUUCAUAAUCUAUUCAUCUUUUAAAAACUGCUGUUUAGUAAAUAAUUGGUCCAUUUUACUGUCACA